AUUGGCAUUAUUAAUGACUUCUAAACAUUUGGGACAUUCGACAUUUUUUUCAAAUGGUUCCACCACGGAUAUUUAUUUAUAGUGGUUCAUGCGCCUCUACAUCAUUUCCUCAUCAACAAGCUCAGUAUUGUGAGGAAGACAGGUCUCUCAUUCCUAAGAGGCAAAUGUCAAAUUUAAGAAUUCGAUUUCAUGUCCUGCUUUUAUUUUCCAGCUUUGUGAUCCUAACAACCUCCCAACAUGAUCCGCUGAAGUCCAAACAGAAACAUGUUGCCAUGUUUGUGUUUGGAGAUUCGCUCUUCGAUCCUGGAAACAACGACUUCCUCAACAUUAGCGUUACCCAGGGCAAGGCAAAUUUUCCACCAUAUGGGGAGACCUUUUUUCGCUAUCCCACAGGAAGAUUUUGCGAUGGACGCAUAAUUCCCGAUUUUACCGCCUCGUUUACAGGCUUACCACUAUGGAGACCUUAUUUAGAUCCUGCUAAUCAUAAUCUGGUUGUUGGAGCAAACUUUGCUAGUGGUGGAGCUUGCGUUCUUGUUGAAAAUAACCCAUAUACGCUCAACCUGCAAAUACAACUAGGCUUCUUCAAGGAGGUGGUAAAUUUGUUAACACAGCAGUUGGGUGAUACAGACACCAAGAAGCUGUUAAGGGAAGCCAUCUACAUUUCUAGCUUAGGGGGUGUGGAUUACAUGACAUUUGCCACUUCUUCCUCUAAUGUUACUGAAUCAGAGAUGCAAGAAUAUGUUGACAUUGUGAUUGGCAAUAUAACAGAGGCAAUGAAGGAAAUAUAUGAACUAGGUGGAAGAAAAUUUGCAUUUCAAAGCGUAGGGCCUUUGGGUUGUCUUCCACUUAUAAGGGCAAGGUACAACUCCUCUGGUAAAUGUGUCGAAUUUCUCCAAAUCCUCGCAACAAUGCACAACAAUGCUCUAGCAAAAGCCGCUGAGAAAUUAGAAAUCAAGCUAUCUGGAUUUAAGUAUUUAAUAUUUGAUUUCUUCACUUCACUCAUGGAUAGAACAAAUAACCCCACAAAAUACGGUUUCAAGGUGGGUGACAAUGCAUGCUGUGGUGGAGGAGCAUACCAUGCCGGUGCUUGCGGAUGGUUAACAGAAGAAUACGAACUAUGCAGCGACCCUAAUGAAUUUGUGUUUUGGGAUGCUGACCAUCCUACCGAACACUGCUACUCUCAAUUAGCUCAGUUGUUGUGGAAUGGAACAGAAAACGUUACUUGGCCUCUUAACAUGAAGCAACUGUAUGAACUCGAUAUUGACACCGAACUUUCUUCUCAGGACAUUGAUCUUAUAGCUGUUGGUAAAUAAAAGCAUUGGUAACUCUACCACCAAAUCACAUGAUUGAUGGUAAUAAACACUCUUUAUUACUAAGGAGUACAAGUGUAAUUACUCGCGGUUCUUAAGUUAAACAAUUACAUUAAGUUGCAUUAAUAUAUAUGUUCUUCUCUUUUGUCUUAUUCUAUAAAUAAGACCAACUUUA